AUGGUAACCGACAGAUCACAGGCUUCCGUUGGCGGCUUUUCAAGUCCGUGUGUGGGCCAGUGUUUCCUCUUUGUUUAUGAUCGUUCUCUCACCAUGAGCGAGACCAGAGGAAACAUUGUGCCUCCUCUUCUGCCCUACAGGUGCAACCAGGAAGAGGAUCUGCUCCAGAGGAACUGCCUGUACCCUCCCAUCCUCCUGCUCAGCUGCAGGACCCAGGGCAUUCCUUACAAAGAGAUCCUGGACCAGCGCCACCGCAGCCCCAGUCAGAUUAUAGGGAGCAACUACAACCCAAGAGCACACGACUUCAACCUCACCAAGCUCCCUACACGCCAAACGCCAUCCUAUUCCUCUUCCCGUGUUCAAGGGCGGACAACGCGUAGGUCUGGGCCUUCAGCGACCUCCAAAGAAGCUCCCAGAGUUCGCCCCUUGAGUCCCACUGAACAGAGAGAGAUCAUGAUACGACAGGAGAACAAGCACAAGAGCCCCGAGCCCACUCACACUGACUUACAGAGGUACGAGUAUUACAUUCAGAGCAUCCCGUGCAGCGUGCUGCCCCCGGAGCCUGCUCAGCAGACACAGCACAUUGUGAGUCUGAGCAGGAGUCCUCUCACUGUGGACAAACACAGGAAGAACAUGCAGCAGUUACAGAAGAACCUGGAGGACGAGGUCAAGCAGCACUACGUCUAUGAACUCAAGAGAAGCAUGGUGGACUACAUUCUGAUGGACCAGGCUGAGCGGCAGAGACUGUCCAUCAGCUCCAUACCGGAGCACUUCCCCUUGCGGGUGAUCCAGGCCCCUGUGCCCUGGGGCCAGAGUUAUAGAGAGACCAGACAAUGGCACCAGAAGCAUCUGUUCACACACAGCCUCAUCACCCUCCUGCUGCAGAGUGCAUGGGCCACACGCUUUUCCUCUCUGCGCUUCGUCCCAGUGCAGGAGCUGUCCUCUGCCGGCCUGCCUCUUCCUCCCUCUGAGUUCGUGGAGCUCAUCCAGAAGCAGUGCAAAAGAACCUGCGAGGAGCUGCUGAAGCAGUGGCUCCCUCACUGUGCCUGGGUGUGCAGGCAGUGUGAGGAGCUGUGGUUGCCCCAUGUGUUGUCUGAGAAGCAGACCUCCUCUGGUCUGACCGAGGAGCUGUUCGGGGCCGUGGCGGCUCUCAUGUCGCUGCAGCUACGGAGCCUGGUCAGCAGCUCUCUGCACGACUUACUCAGCUUCUUCAGCACACACCAGGAGGGGAAUGACUUUGGCCCCGUGCUCCAGGAUCUGCAGUACACUCAGCCUCAGGUACUGCUGGUCAAACUGAUGCUGGAGGGCUCUCACAUCCGCUUUGAGCCCAGUCUGGACCAGUGCUGGCUCAGCAUCCACCAGGCCUUCAUGGAGGUCAUCCAGAGCAGCAAAGACAUACCCCGGGUGGAGUCUGUGCUGUUCCCCAUCCUGGAGCUCCCUCACCUCCUCACUGUCCGACCAGACGAGUCGUGGGUCACAGACAUCCUCCAAGAGGCACGAGAAAUUUUUGACAAGAACUCUGUGGGACCUGAAAAGUACCUGAACUCAUACCACAAAUACAGCGACUUACUGGACGAGAGGGCAAAGUGCGACAUCACAGCGUUCCUGACAGAGAAGCACUCGCUGGAGGGCUUUGCUAAGAAAAUCCAAAGUAUCAAAGUGACCUGGAGAAAGAUCGUCUCGAUGCGAGUGGCCGUGCCUUUGUCCAUGUUUUGUCUGGACGCCGGCCCUUUAAAUGAAGACCUGUGUGAGCGAACCGAGCGGCUCCAAGACCUGUUAGUGACCUUUCUAGUGGACGAGAACAGAGAGCUCAACAACAAUGCUGGUCUCACCCCUGUGCGUCUGCCCUGUGUGCGUCUGCCUGUGUGCGUCUGCCCCGUGUGCGUCUGCCCCGUGUGCGUCUGCCCCGUGUACGUCUGCCCCGUGUGCGUCUGCCCUGUGUGCGUCUGCCCUGUGUGCGUCUGCCCCCUGUGCGUCUGCCCCAUGUACGUCUGCCCCGUGUACGUCUGCCCCGUGUGCGUCUGCCCCGUGUGCGUCUGCCCCCUGUGCGUCUGCCCCGUGUGCGUCUGCCCCGUGUGCGUCUGCCCCGUGUACGUCUGCCCCGUGUGCGUCUGCCCCGUGUGCGUCUGCCCCGUGUACGUCUGCCCCGUGUGCGUCUGCCCCGUGUGCGUCUGCCCCGUGUGCGUCUGCCCCGUGUGCGUCUCCCCUGUGUGCGUCUGCCCCGGGUGCGUCUGCCCCGUGUGCGUCUGCCCCGUGUGCGUCUGCCCCGUGUGCGUCUGCCCCCUGUGCGUCUGCCCUGUGUGCGUCUGCCCCGUGUGCGUCUGCCCCGUGUACGUCUGCCCCGUGUGCGUCUGCCCUGUGUGCGUCUGCCCCGUGUGCAUCUGCCCUGUGUGCGUCUCCCCUGUGUGCGUCUGCCCCGUGUGCGUCUGCCCCGUGUGCGUCUGCCCCGUGUGCGUCUGCCCCGUGUGCGUCUGCCCCGUGUGCGUCUGCCCCGUGUGCGUCUGCCCUGUGUGCAGGAUCUGUCAGAGGUACCAGGACAUCAGUGACACCAUGAGAGGAUUCCCCAGUUCCAAACAGGAGCUGGAGCACCUGGAGAACUUCAUCAAGGAAACCAGUGACGUGACGGUGUACAAGCUCCUUGAAGAGGUCGACGAAGCAAAGAGCCGCCUCUACUUCCUCAUGGAUCACGCCACUUUGUCACCUGAGGAUGUCCGCUUGAACUCCAGUGUGUUCUGGUGGCCCACUGACAUAAAGGCAGAGCUGGACCUGAGCAGGACACGUUUGUUAGACAUGAGAGACCAGGCGGAGCAGGCAGACCAGGCAGAGUGCCAGGAGGAGGACCACUUCCUGUAG